AGCCGACGAAGCUCGCCACGCGUGGCCACCCCCGCGGAGCCAGCCACCGCUCGCUUUCUCGCCGGCGCCGACACAUGGGCCAGGCCCUGCGCCGCGCGUCGGGGCGCCUGAGGCCCCCUCCCCCACCUCCGCCCCCGGCGAGGCCCCCGCCCGCUCACCCACCUCCGCCCCCACCGCCACGGGCUUCGUCGGCGGCCACUGGCGCCGGCGCCGGCGGAAGCCUUCCCCAGGACCGACUCGACGUGUCACAGGACGAUGCCACAACAUCAACAAAAGAUGUCAAUGGUGUACUUGUGGAGCGUGAUCCAAGUUAUGAUGACAUGCUUAAGCACAUGGUUGGGAGAAUUACCACUAAGCCUGGAGGAAAGCCAGAGAUGGGUGAAGCUUCCGUCGUAGAGCGAUAUAACAGGCCACUUCCAAAGGUCAGAACAUCCGAACCCGAGCCCGGGCAAGGCGGGCACAGGCAACUACCUCCAGGAACCCUGAAUGUUGGGCACAUCCAAGAGAUCAUUCAACUGUACCAAGGGAAUUCUGAUGGUCACAACGGUCCGAUGAGUGUGGAUGAGAUAGCCUCGAGGUUCAGAGUCAAAGCCUCCGUGGUCCAAGGAAUCGUGCAGUUUGUCUCACUGCCGCAGGACAAAAACGUCGAAAAGAGAGACGAGCAUCGUUAGUUUUGAGAGUAAUCUUGCGGGCUUCCUAACAUAGUGACGUUGUUCAUGUUCCCAAAUGAGUUACUUAGAGAACUGUUGAAAAGACUCGAGCUCUUUUCAUAGGUUUAUUUCUUCUCUUUGUUGUUGUUGCUGUGUUGAGCUGAGAUGACGAUCUGAACUUGAAAUGGUACAUGCCUUGUUACUUAAAUAAUGGUCUUUUGAUUCAAAGGAUUUGGUUCCUUUGGACUUAUUUUUGCUCUUA